CCGCCCGCCACCGCCGACGUCAGUGUGUUGGUUGUCGUUGGUUAACUCACCAAAUUGUUUUUUACGUUUUUUUAGUUUUAUUUUUAUUUUUAUUUUUUUUUUUUUAUUCUUUCCUGCUCGACGUUAUUCGGUAAUGUCAUCUUGACCGUCGGCCGCCACAUCCAUAUCCGUACGCGCCACGACGUGCUGCCCGUCUUCCCGAAAGAGCUUGCGUCCAGAGCUUGUGUUGCCGUCGCCGCCGUCCGUCCGGCGAUUCGUUUCCUUUUUCCCGGUCGUUGGUAAGUGUUACUGUCCGCCGGAAGGUGGGUGUGUUUGACGAAUUGCCGUGCCGCCGCUACACCUAUAGCUUUUCCGUCCCCGUUACCGCGCGCGCCACCGAAAACUCGCACGUACCCAUUGUCCGUCCGCUUUUGCCGUCGACGCCGCGCGACAAAUCUCGCCCGUCGCCGCCCUCGCACGGUCUCUAUUGCAUCUUUUACAUCGGCGGCUCACGAAAGCUAUUGCAGACAAUCGACCCGAGUUUCCGUUUCUCUCCCGCCCCCCCCCCUCCCCCCCGUACACUUACGUUUGCCGGCGGCCCAUGUCCGAACGGGUUACUGUACGGCGCGCCACUUACGAUACCCAGUCGAUACGUUUUGUGUCGCCUGUUCGUUAAGGGUGCCGUGCGUUUUAAUUUGCCCUCGGGGUGUGUGUCCGUGCUCGCGAACGAAUUAUUAUUUUUGUCGCGAUGAUCCGCACGAUACGCGUGCACCCGGCCGGAGCGGUGGAUCGCAUUUUAACGAUUUUUCUCCGCGCCCCGGGUGUACCUAUCCGGAAAUAAUAGCGUCCUAAAUGUCCGUGUCGAACACCCGUCAGUUGUUUGUUUUGUUUCCGUUUUUACAUUUCCCUUUCGACAUGAUUGCCCGUCGUGUCGUUUCCGGAACACUUGCCGUACGUACCCAUCUCCAAUAGGCCUUUGCACCCGACGUUUGGUUAAUCCUCAACAAACGCUGGAAUUUAUAGGAUCUACUGGUGGGUGCCCCGUAUUGUUAUUAUGUUCCGAAACAAUUGCCACACGAUUGCCGUCCGUCAUUGGUGCCAUCACUACACCAGCCUAUCUAUCCACUCGUAGUAAGCUGUGCCCGUUUUGUAUUUUCUAGGUAUUUAUGAUGAAGUGCAGGUAGAUAGAUAGCUGCGUUAUAUUAAUAUUGUUGUAUUUCACCUAUCUACGCGUCAUUAAAUUCAAAUAUCUUAACCAACGUAAUUUUCGCAACUUUUAAUAGGUUAAAAACAUAAUUAUUUUAUUAGGCAGGUAUUUAGAUACUCGUUUAAUUAUUACAAAAGUGGAAACUAAUUAUUUUAUGGUCAUUAAUAGUGUGUUAUUAUUAUACGUACACUUUAAAUGGAUACGUGCCUAUUACACCAUAGAUAAGGUGUAUUCAUUAAAUGCACUAUUCAUAUGUAUAUACACACAAAUGACAUUACUUAAUCAUCAUUAGUUUAAACAACGAUAACGGUAUUGUAAUGUCGCAGGUAAUCGAUGAGUAUACUAACUUAAUUGAUUUAUGCGAUAUCAUUCUACUUCAUUUUUUGUAAAAUAAAAAAACAUAAAUAUAGUUUUGUCAUAUAAGGUCAUACGUAUACUUUUACUUUAUUUUUUAUUUAUAUUAAAACUUUCACCCGAAUUAGUUUAUUAUAUAACAAAUCGAUUACUCUCAUGCAGAUUCAUAACGAUUAGGUAGGUAAUACCUACAUACAUAUAUAUUUAUCUACUUACUUGUAGUUAUAUAUUUGUAAUAUCAUGUAGGUAUGUAUAUAUUGUACAUAAUUAUUAUCUAAAUGAAUAUUUACCUAUGUAUUUUUUUUUUGAUAGGUACCUACCGUGCAUUUUUAUUUCUUCUAUCGUAAUUUAAAUAGGUACAAGUUUGAAUGUCUAUUUAGUAGAUAGUGAAACAGACAUAUUCACAUAAUUCAGAUUAAAUUUUAAUCCCUAGUAACUUCCUAGUUGUUUUUGUUUUAUUUUAAUGAUAAACUCUCAUUAAUUAUUUAUGUCAGUCAUGCAUUAAAAAAUAUAGGCAAUUUAUAAUUUAUAAUGAAAUGUUUAUCCACUUGGUCAGUUGUGAAUGAAUAUUGCUCACGUAGUCAUGUAUAUACGUUCUUAGAUUGUAAUAGGUCAGAGAUUAACUACCCAUUGGCUUUAUAAAUAAAAAAAUGUAUAUAUAUAUAUUAAAUACAAUACAAUCGAACAAUAUGUUUUUUGAUAAAUUAAUUUUGAACCUAUUCAUAAUGAUUAAAUGAUUACCGAUAGCUAUCCAUACAUCACUAACUUAAUCAGUACUUACAUUAUAUCUAUAUUAACAUAAUUUGUUAGAUAGGAAGGUGCUUAGAUUUUUUUGUUAUGACGCGUAAUUUUUAGAUCAAUUUUUUUUAAUAAAAAUCCGAGUAUUUUAAACCGUAAUAUUUGUUAUGUAUUUUUAUAUUACAUAAUGUACUGAAACGUGUUUAAUAACCUCAAUUCAAUAUUGUAUAUAAUUUUAGGUGGGCAGUUUAAAAUUUAAAAGACCAUAUUUAAUUAAAAUGAAUUGUUUCAUAAAGUAGGUAGUUCAACGUUUUAAAAUAAUGCGGCACUCUAGUGAUACUGUAGUAGUUUGAAGAAUUAUUAUGCUCAGGCUUAACCAUUUGGUACAAAAUAAACUGUCUAUAGAAAAACUUUUAUCAGUAAACAUGCAUUAAACAUUACAAACUUAAGUUUUUGGUAUCUCUAUCCUUAUUUCCAGUAUCGUUCAGAUAGAUGUAAAUUCUGUUCAUGUGUGUCACGAAAAAUAGUGGUAUAUUAUAUUUUUAUUGAAUAAUAUUAAUAAGUCUUUACUACUCUUUUAAAAAUUGAAGGCAGAAUAUUGGAGUUUUAAUAUUAAACAAGAGCAGGUUUAAUUUAUUUUUCCUGUUAGGCUGAUAGGUACCUAUAUUAUUUAAAAACUAUUCUUUGUUAAUUAUGUAGGUUAUAAAUAGAAUUAAUUAACACAAUCUGUUAAUGAGUAUAGUCAAAUUAUUCUGUUUUUAUUUUGUUUACCAAAUUAUUUUAUUUUUGAUACUAGGUAGUCUAAUGAUUUCCACUUUGUAACUAACCUAUUUUAUAUCAGGAAGUUAAUAACAAUAAAUAUUUAAUGUUUUUAUUUCGAGGUUUUUUUAUUGAUAAGGUCAGAGUGUAAUAAUGAUAUAUUAACAUAAAUGAUCAUUUAAUUUUAUGAACACCAUUAUAUACCUACCUAUAUUAUAAUGUUCUAUACAAAUUAAGACAAUGCCUACAUAUUUUACUUUCUAUUUCUAACGUAGUCUUUAGUAGAAAAUAUCAUAGAAAAUUUAUAUAAUUUCUCUUUAAGCAAUACCUUUAUAAGAUUUCUAAUUAACUGUUAAUUUAUUGUAAUCAUUUAAAAAAAAAAAUUACCUAUGCUUACUAAGUAUCACUAUAAAUUAAAAAUCUAUCAAUAUUAUCUGGAUACCUAUUUAAUUUUUUUAUUACUAACAACGUACGUAUACCAAUACCUUAAUUAAUAUUAAUAUAUGUACCUUGGUACUAAAUAUUACAUAUUAUAAAAAUACUGUCUACCCAAUUAAAUUUAAAUCUAAAAAAUGGUAAUUAUGUUGGGCGUAGAUACUUUAUAAAUAUAAAUAAUUUUAGCUAUUAUUUACUUGAUAAAAACUAAUUGAUCAUUUUAGGUUUAAAGCAUGUUUUACCGUGAUGUGUGCGUUUUAUUUUUUCUGUUUAAAAAAUUUUCCAAUAAAAAAAUCUUGGUUCGAUCAUCAAGUGUAACACCUUUUGUAUUUGAUGCAUUGGGGAAAACAUAUUUUAUUUACCUUGUAGUUUUCUUAAUAAUUUGGAAAAAAUUGUAUUCAAUAAAUGUUUUUAUUAUUUUAUUUUUGUUGUAAUUUGGUUAAUACAAGUUCAUCAGUUUUACUUGGUUGUCAAAGAAAAAAUGUAAUGAUACAUAUUUUUAGAUUCUGAGUGUACCGAAGAAUGUAUUGGUUUUAUUAAGAUGUUUGUUUUUAUUUUUUUUUAUGCUAUGUUCAAAAAAUCCUAUCAAACAUCUUGCGCAAAUGUAUACGCUCGGCACCAUUUCUAAAAGGGAAUGUUGUCCAGAUGAUACUUUUGGGAGGUCAAUUUUUUGAUUUACCAAGUGGUAUUUCAUAAUAUCUGGGAAAAACCAAUACAAAACGUAAGAAAAAUGGGAAAUUUACAAAAAUAAUGGAUUUAUUAUUUUUUAAUUUUGUAGAAACUUGAAAUUUGGACAGAAAACUAAUAUUUGCCUUUUCUAGACAUGGUAAAAUUUUCAAAAACAUUUGAACCAUUUUUAAGCUUUUUAUAGACAUUUUAAUUUUACGAGUUUUGUUCGUAAUUUUUAUUUAGUAAGUACUUUGUAGUAAAAUUGUUAGACUUAACAGAAGUGCUUGACAAUUUAAUUGGAGGUUCAUUAUGAGUCUUUGUAGUCAAAAAAAGAAAAUUUGGGUGUAAUCACCCUAGGUGAUCAAGGAUCCCAGAGUUCAAACCAGUGUGUCGAAAAAAAAAAUUGUUUUUUCCCCUUUUACCGAAAUAAGGAAAAAACAAAUGCAUGUUGGAUUUUUUUUUUGUAUGCAUUUAAUGUCCAAGUUCAAAUUUUGAUGAAAAUUGUAUCAAUGGUGUCAUUUCAAAAAAGGUUUAUUUAAAUUUCAUUCACAAUCUUUUUUCUGUAGCACAAAUUGAAGGGAAGGAAAUUGCUGUGUGCAAAUAUAAAUUAAAUUACUAUGUAUACAAUUUUACCUUCCCAAAUUCUCAUCACCUACAAUAGUGGCACACCUGUUAGAUGUAUUGGAUGUUUUUUUUUUUUUUAUUUGAACAGAUAAUUUUAGGUUUGAUAAAUUUUAAUUUUCAUAAAAAAACACAUAUUAAUUACCGUGUUAUUAAAAAAAAAAAAAACUACUGUGGACUGUUACUAACCUGUUUUCAAAUAUUAAGAUUAAUGUUUAGAUUUCUGAAGUCUUAAAAUUUAAUAAAUAUGUUUUAUUUUGUUAUUCAAUUAUUAUUAUUAAAUACUGCUAAAAUAUUUGUUUUAUCAAAUAUAUAACCCAACCAGAGUAUAACCAUUAUUAGUAUUUAUGCCGAUUUAAUUAUUUCAGCAUAGGUAACCAUAUGAAUUCAACUAAAAACUGUGUAUUAUUUAUCUAUCUAUUGUUAGUGACUUAAUUACAUGGGUGUGUAAUGGUAUGGUUGGAUUUUUAUAUUUUUGGAUAUUUUAUUUUUCUAGAGGAGUAAUAAUUAUAUUAAGAAGUCUAUAAACUAUUAAAAAAAUCCAUUUAUUUUAUAAAGGUAUGUGUAAAACUAUUGUAUGGCUUAUAUGGGUGGCUUCCAUAUCCAUAGUAUAGCUCCCUGGCUAUGUCAUUGGUAUCUUAUUUAAUGAAAUUCAAUAUAAUUUCAGGAAUAGAUACCUUAAGUUAAAUUAUAUCGUAAAAGCUGGUUACUUUGUACUAAUUAUCUUGUUUUUCAAUUUUAAACAUUUAUUGUAAAAGUAAUUUUAAUAAUAUGUUUUUAUAACUUAUUUCAUUUUAAAGUUAUAGAUGUUUAGAUUUAUAUACAGUUUUCAAAAAUAUAUUAGUUUUAAUAGAAUAAUAAUUAAUUUUGAUGAUUCAGUCAUACUGAAACAAGAAUUCACACGUUCAUAACUUGUUCAGUUUUAACUGACAUGUGUGAACCCGCCUUAAGUGUAGAAAGCAGUAAAAUUACCAUUAUUUUAUUUGUAUUGUAUAUUAAUAUAUUUUAUUUUAGUACACUUUACUAGCAAUCCAGCAAUAACGUGGAAAUAUAUGUAGUUGUGAUAACUGAAUUUUUUUUAUAAUUGUUAUUUAAUAUAAUAUUAUAUUAUAUUUUAACUAUUAUUGGUAGUCAAGAUAACCAAAAAGCAUUAUACUUUUUUAACAUAAUAAUAUCACUUUUCAGUUCCUACAUAUUUAUUCUGUAUAUUAAUUUAUCUCAUGUACCAUAAAUAGCCUCUUUUCACUAGUAUUGGUGGCUUUAUUCUCAUCAUAACAUCACUCCAUUUGUAAUACAUAAUAUUAUUCUUUUUUGACCAUCUAUAGUAUUCUUUGUUCAGAGUAAUUAUGAUAAAGCCUACAACCCAAUGACCUUUUAUGUAUGUUUGGCAUACUAAAAUAAAAUGUUAACAUUUAUUUAAAAUAUUUCAUCAAGUAUUAAAUAUAAAAAAAAAUUAAAAUUUUUUGGUACAAAAUUAUACAUUUUCAGAUUUUAGUUUUAUUAUAUAUUUUUCAUAAUAAAUAAAUAAUCCAUUACAAGUUAUAGUGUUCCUUAAUCUACAAACAGUACAAUAUCAUUAAUAACAUUUAGCCUUUUUUUUUUAAAUGAAAUGCCCCAAAAUUUUGAGCAAUAUAUUACAUAUUGACCAUUAUCUUUUGUAUUUGCGAUAAAUGGAGGGAAAUUUAUUGAUUAAUGUUAGUUCAAAAACAAUUAGUAUUGGUGUUAGGGAAAUUCAAGUAAUAUAAAUCCAGAUUAGUUAAUGCCUACUGGCUACUUAUAAUGAUCAUUAAUAUCAAAAUUUUGUUAUGGUGCAAGUUAUCCCCUAAGGUGCUAAGUAGCUCAGUUUUAUAAUAUUAUGUUUUCUAUUCAAUUUGAUUUGAUGGAGGUAUACCUCUUGGCUUUACCUUACUAAUUAUUUAAAUUUGUUUCUCUAUACUUAAUAAAUUCUUAUUAUAUACAUUUAUCUAUAAAACAUAUUGUUAAUAUUUUAUUUAUAGGUUAAUAAUCAAUAAUAUUCAAAAGAUGACCGAAAUAGAAGCUGAAACUCCUCAUAGCAAUGGGUAUGCUGAUAUUAAAAAUGAUGAGGAUGAUGAACGUGGAAAAAUGAGACCAGCUGAUAUUGAUGCUGUAAGAUAUAGAGUAAAUCAUAUAAAUUGUAAAUUAUAAUUUUUUUUUAUUGUGAAUUAGGAUGUUAAAGAAAUGGAGAGACGCAAACGAGUAGAAAUGAUUAUGAAUUCACGUUUGUUUCGUGAAGAGCUGGAAAGAAUAAUUGAAGUACAAAUGAAAGAUGGAAAUUCUGUACCUGUAGGACUAUUGCAACAAAUUACAGACAUGAUGGGUGGACGGCAGUCUAAAUGUUUGUAUUUUGUUCAAAAAUAUUUUACAUUUUUCUUUUAAAAAUAAUAUUGUUAAUAUUUAUUCAUAGUUUCAAUAUAUUAAUUAAUUAUAAUUUGUAGCUUCUUCAAAUUGUGUGGUUCCAAUCAAUGACAUUCGUGGUUUGGAUAGUAUGGGAUAUGUAAAAGGUGAAAAAAUUAUCAGAUGCAAAUUGGCUGCAGUGUUCAGACUAAUGGAUUUGUAUGGCUGGACUCAAGGAAUUCACAACCAAGUUUCUGUAAUUAUUAAUUAAUUAAUUUUUUUUAUCAUUCAUUUAUUUAGAUAUUUAGGAAUUGAGAUAUUUAUGUUUAAAAGCCUUAUAGCAGAAAUUAGAAAUGUAUAUACAUUUUUUUUUUAUUGGAUUUUUAGGCUAGGCUAAACCAAGAAGAAGAACAUUUUUUAAUCAAUCCAUAUGGUUUAUUGUGUAAUGAAGUAACAGCAUCUAGUUUAAUUAAAGUAGAUAUGCAAGGCCAUGUUAUGGAAUCUGGAACAACAAACUUUGGUGUAAAUAUCACAACAUUUCAACUUCACGCUGCUAUCUAUGCUGCUAGACCAGAUUUAAAAGCUAUUAUUGAUGUACAAGUGUAUGUUAACUCUUCUAUAAGUAUUUUAUUGUCAUACUAUUAAUUAUUCUUCUUUACAGAGGACCUGUUUUGGCUGUAUCAUCUUUGCGGUGUGGCUUAUUGCAUAUAAGUAAAGAAAGUGCUUUGAUUGGUGAUGUGUCCCAUUAUGGUUUUCCUGGGUUUACAAUAGAUCCAGAUGAGAAAGAAAAAAUUGCAAGAUCUUUAGGACCCAUUAAUAAGGUAUUGUAAGGUUAAUUAUCUGUUAGUAAUCUUUUUCCCCUUUGCCUUUAUCCUUCAAGUAUGGUCAGCUACUCUUUGUUCGUUAUCUGUUUAUUACCAUUUCUCUAAAUACUCUACAUGCACUCAUACCUUUAGCCAUUGGAUAUUUCUUUACCUUAACUUUUCCCAAUCAUUAUUCUCGACUAUUUCAUUGUUUUUUUUUCUCACUGUCUCAACAAACCUUAAAUAUAUUCUGUAUUAUUUUCCUAAUCUACCUGCUACUCCUAGAUUAUGCCUCCAUCAUAGAAUUAUUUAUUCAUAAUUCUAUCCAAUCUGUUUAAAUCAUACAUUUUUGAUAAUUCAAUUUUUAUUUUAUCUAUUUUAUCAUACUCAACAUAUAAGUCAUCAAUGAUACCAUUAUUAUUUUUAGGUUAUAUUUUUCACAAAUCAUGGCGCUGUAUGUUGUGGAGAAUCUAUCGAAGAAGCAUUUUUCAAUGCAUAUAAUGUUGUUACGGCAUGUGAAACCCAGGUAAAUCAAAUUUAAUAAAAACAAUUAGUUGUACAGGUAUUUAUAUAUUUCUUAUAAUAAUGUUUUAGCUAAAAGUGUUACCUUUGGGAUUAGACAACAUUAUAACAAUGACAGAUGAACAACGCAAAGUUAUUUAUGACUCUGCUAGGUCUCCACCAGAAGGUAUUGUACUUGCCACAUUACCAGCUGGUGCUGCUGUUACAGAUAAACGUUGGAGAUUGGGUGGAAUUCAGUUUGAAGCCUUAAUGAGGAUGUUAGACAAUGCAGUAUGUUAAACAUUAGUACAUUUAUAACAUCAUUUAGUAAUUUACUAGACCAUAGAAUUUAAUUUAAAAGUUCUUUAUUAUUAGAAAAUUCAGUGAUUGUACUAACAAUUUAAUUUGAUACAAAUAUUAUCACUUGUUUUAAUAAUUGAUUAUUUUCUUAGGGUUUUCGUACGGGUUAUAUAUAUCGGCAGCCACUUAUUAAAGGAGAUCCUCCACGGCCUCGUAAUGAUGUAGAAGUACCACCAGCAGUUUCUUCACUUGGCUAUCUUUUGGAAGAAGAAGAAUUGUACAAAAAUGGGUAUGUUACAAACAAAUCUGUUGUAUUUUGUUAUAAUAUAUAUUGUAACUUUACUAUUUAUAUUAAAUAGACAAUGGAAAAAAUAUUAUGAUGGUCGCAAGUCAACUGAUAGAUCUAAAUGGUUAAAUUCACCUAAUGUUUACCAAAAAGUAGAAAUUCUAGAAACUGGCACUACAGAUCCUAAAAAAAUUACGAAGGUAGAAAACUAAUUCAUUUUUAUUUUUUAUGUAUUCCUUUAUUCACAAUUUUAAUGAGUAAGUUUUAAUUUAUCUCAAGUAAAUUUAUACAUGUGUUUGUAGUAUAUCAAAUGUCAAAUGUUAACAUUUCUUUUAAUGGUGAUGUUAUACUAACAUUUUUACAUUGUUAAAUUAAUCUAAGAUAGUAUUUUAAAUAUAUUUUGAUUUUUAUAAAAAUAUUUUAUCAGCCAUUAUUUUGGGCUUACAGUAAUUUUUAACAUUCUUGAAAACUUAAUUACACUUAAGAUUAAGUGCUUUAGAACAUUUUUGUUAUAAUAUACGCUUUGCUAGCAAGCUAUACAUUAUUGUAAUUGAAUUUAUUGAAAUAUUAUAUAUUUUUAUAAUUGCAAUGAUGUAAAAUCAAAUUAUUAUUUAUAAUAUAUGCUAAUAAAUUAUUACACAUUUAUUUUGAUUUACUGGUUUGGGUCUUUCAUAUGGUGUUUAUUUAAUGUAAACUAACUGAAAAUUAUUUUUUAAUAACUCCUUAAGCCAUGAUAUUUAUUAUUAACAUUCUGUAUUGAUUAAAUAAAACCACAUUUUAGAAAGUUAUUUUGAAUAGAGUUUAGUGUUUUUAUUAAUCUUAGGAAAUCUAUAUUUAUAUGUGUAUCAUUUUAAUUCAUAUUAUGAUAUUCAUCACUGAAUAAAUAUAUAAAUGUAUAAAUAAAACAGUUUGGUUAACAAUAUAGUUAUAGUAUGUUUUGUGUAUAUUGUAUUUUUUGUAUUAACAUUUAAAAAUAUGUUGGUUUUGAAUAUUAGCAUUUUUACUAAAUGUGUAUGUCCAAAAUUAAACAUUUUAACAUAGAAACAAUUUUAAAAAUAUUAACAAAAUUAAAUAAAAAAUUAGUUAUAUGAAUUAAUUUUUUUGUUUUUGUAAAGAUAUUUGCAAAUGAUAAAUAAACAAUUAAAUAGUAAAUAUUUAGAAUUCAUAAUUGUCUACUACUUAAAUUUUAAAAAAUAGUAAUAAUUUUUUAGUGGGUGUCUGAAGCAUCUCCAAAUUCAAGCACACCUUUUAAAAUUGAAGGUCCUUUGCAAUUUGUUCCAAAAAAUACUAAUCCAAAAGAAUUUAAAAAACUACAACAACAAGUAAAUAAAUAAUUAUUUUAUUAAUUAAAACUGUUUUUUUGUCCUUUUUUUUUUUAUUAUAACAUCAAAUUUUUAGAUAAAAGAAAAUCGUAGAGCUGACAAAAUUACUUCUGGACCUCAGUCCCAAAUAUUAGAUGGAGUCUCUUGGGAAGAAGCCAAAAAGUUACAAGUACUAAUUUAAUUAAUAUUAUUUUCAUAUUUUUGAUAACUAUGAUUUGUUCAAACUUAGGAAGCUAAUUUAAAUACUAACAAUGAUCAAGUUAUUCUGGUUGGUGCAGCCUCAAAAGGUAUAAUACAAAGAAAUUAUCAACACAAUGCUACGGUUUAUAAAACACCAUAUGCUAAAAAUCCAUUUGAUGCUGUAACUGAUGAAGAAAUUGAAUAUUAUAAAAAUGCUGUUGAAAGAAGUACAAUUGGUAAAUUUUUCUAUAAAUUACAUUUUUAUUACAUAAAAUGUUAUUGUUUCUCUUGUUAAAUGUAUACCUCUUUUAUAGAUAAGGAUCAAAUAAUUGACAAUAAUGAACAAUUAGAUAGUUUUUCACCAACUAGACAAACUGAAGCAUUUAUUAUUAGUGAAACGGAUGAUGAUAGUAGAACAGGUUAGUUUUAUAGUAUUUAAUAUUUUUAGAGAAUAUGCCUAUACCAUUAUUAUGUCAAUUCUCUGCUUCUGUCAUCAAUUUUAAUCUAAUCACUUUUAAUUUUAUUGUUACAACAAUUAUUUUCCAAAAAGAUAAUAAUGUUAUAUUAUUCUAAUUUUAAUUUUAAAAAGCUUAUAAUUAUUUAAUACAAUUUAUUUAUAUGUGUUUGCAAAAAUUAAAAAAAUAUAGUUUGAAGUAAUCACAAAUACAGUAGACUUUAAAUGCAGUAGACUCCGCUUAAAAGAGUUAUCAGUUAAUCAAGGCAAAUUUAGUGUAAAUAUUCACCCUUUAUCUGGGCCAUGAAACCAAAUAAUUGGGAGUUUUUUUAUCCAGUAUAUUAUAUCAAUUAUGAUCAAUAAUCAAACAAUAUUAAAUAUUAAUAAACAUUUUAUUAUCAAAUUAAAUUAUUAGGUAGCAAGUAUUAAAUAAAAUUAAUAUUAUAAUUAUGAUGUUCAAAUGCGAUGUGUGUUCAGUGUGCAGUUAUUAAUUUUGUGUGGUGUGUACAAUAACAAUGUUUUGAAAUAAUAAUGAUGCUCAAAAGACAUUUUCAACAAAAUUAGAUUACAACCACCAAAAUUAUUAUUAUUUUAUAUAUUUUCAUUAUUGAAUCAGUAACUAACUACCAACAUAUUUUUAUGUUUUUUUUUUUAUUUCAGAUUAUUUGGGACAACCGCUUUAUUGAGACAAAAUAACAAGCUUCGUUGUGUCCCAAUAAAGCGGAGUCUACUGUAAUAGGUAAAAUGUUAUUUUCUUUUCUGCAUACUUUCAAAUAAAUUACUUUUGAUUAAAUUUUAAAUUUAACAACUUCUAUUAAAGUGCAAAUACAAUUAAUGUACAAACAGUGUUAACUACUGUUAAUAAUACAAAAAAAUACAGACAAACAUAUUACAGCCUAUCUGCCUGAUAAUAACGCCUAUCCUACUAUUUGUGUCCACUUUUUUUGAUUGAUUUGUAUUUGGUGUGGUUCUACCUGAGAGCAAUUGUUUUAUUAUAGGAAUUGUUUAUUCAGUUUGAAUUGAAACCUACCACUUGUAUUCAUUAUUAUUUAUUCAAAGUAUUAAAUUAUUUUAGUAUUUACUUUUUUUCCUGACGGAAAAUUUGAACAAAUACAAUUUAUUGUGAUAGAAUAUCUAACAAAUUAAUUAAAUUAAUUGAAAAAUAUUUGUGUUCCUGACAUAUUUUAUACAUAGGUAUCUUUAAAAUCAUAAUUAAAGGGUCCCAUGCAACAACAUGACAAUUCCACUUUUAAAAAGAUGUCUUAGGAUAAUGGGGACAGGUGCAGCCACUGUUAUAUGUAAGUAAUUAAUGUAUACAUGGAAAACUAAGGAAAAUCAAAAGAUCUCUUUAAAGUACCUCCCUAGUGAAAUUUUCCUUUAGAAACAUUUCUAUCAUUAAAAAUUAGGACGAAAUUGCUGGUAGAAAUGUUGCGCACUGAUAAAAAAAAAAUAAACAUCUUUGUAAAACCAAAGCUUCUUUGCUCCUAAAAGAAUUUAAAAUUGUUCAUGAAGAAUAAAACUAAAAAAAAAUUGUUUUAUUAAUUAUAUUGUAUACAAGGCGUACUAGAAAAGACUGGCCAAUUAACAGUUUGUUACUCUAUAUGUGGCUUUUUAAGAGUACAUUUUAAAUUUUGGUUUUACUGGUUUUAUUUGUAAAAUAUUCAUUCAAAAUAAGAGGUCACUCCAUAUUUUCUAAAAAUAAUCAUUAUCACUGCUAUUUUUGGUUUAUCAAGUCCAAAAUCAUAAUUUUGGUGUGACAUAAAUUUAUAUGUAUGUUUAACAGGGAUUUCAAUGUAGUAAAUUAUUUUUUAUUUAAGCACCAAUUAAAUGAUGCUAUCAGAAAAAUAUGACUAAUUUGACUGUAAGAAAUAUAAAAAAAAAAAAUUCAGUUGUUUUUAUUGAAUUUUUUUAUAAUUAUUAUCAGAUAAUAAACAUUGUUUACAGUAACUGUUAAAUAUGACCUCUGUUAACUUCAAUACAUUUUAAAAUUCGUUAAUGGAAUGACCUUUAAAUAUUUUCUUUGAAAAUUUCUGGAGUUGGCAUUAUUUUUUAUCUCAUUAGUUAUUCACUCAUUAAACUGCUCCCUACUGGUCAUUUCUUGAUCAUAAACUUGCUCCUUUAUUGGAAUUUUAAUUUUAAAUAUUUGUGGUUAAUAGUAAAAACUAAUUUAGAAUAAUAAUAUUAAUUUAAAAGGUUAGUUACAUUAUUCAAAUAUUUGUGUUGAUAUUAUGAUUUAUUACUAAGUCAAAUAAAAUAUUUUUCUGGAAAACAGAUUUCCCAAAUUUUUUGCUGAUAAAAAUACGAUUACCUAUUAAAUUUAAUAGUAUAUUAUUUAAAAUGUGAGAAAUUAUCAGAUUUUACACUGAGUAAUCACUUUUGAUCAAAAAACUGGAUAAGUUCAGACUUGACUAGUUUUUUGCUUGAAAUGUUUAUUCAGACAAGUUUAACCUAUAUUUCUGUAAAUAAUAAUUGAACUUAUCUUAUAUAAAAUUGAAAAGGGAAAAAACUGUAUUCUAAUUUGCCAAAAACUGAUUUUUAAAAGAAAGUAGACUUUAGUGGUUGUUGCAUGGAGUUCUUUAAUUUUCAAAAAUAAAUUAAAUAUAUUUAUUUUAAAAACUGUAAACAAUACUAAUAUACUGUAUACAAUAAUAUAUGUUUUAUUAUUUUAAUACUUCUGUAGAAUCAAGAGUAUUACAAGUUGAAAGGAAAUCAGUAUCAAAACCUGAUCAAGCUGAGUUUGUUUUAAGUGAAGGUAUGUGGAUUUUAUUAUUUAAAUACAUUCAUACUAUUUUAUUAUUAACAAUUAUUUGACUGCUGUUUGAUCAAUUUAAGUUUGAGCUUGGAAAAAUUUGAAUUUUAUGAAAUCUUUUAAGAGUUGAUUAUUAACUCCAUAUGCAUAAUAAAUAUUAAUUGUUUUAUUUCUGUAUUUAAUAAUACUUUAGCACAAGAACAAUAUGUUAUGAGUAAUACGACAAUUAAACCUAUGUGGAUUUCAUCUUCUGCUGAUAGGAUUAAUGUUCAAGAAAUUUGUAAUAAUAAUGAAUACUUAACAAGUAAUUGUGUUCCAAAUUCUUAUAAUUGUUUUGAUUAUGAUCCAAUGAUUGUAACGCCUCAUUGGACACAUGUUUUUUUAUCACCAGAACCUCCUCCUAUCAGAAUUAAUACUAAUGAUUUGUAUCAAAAUCAUGAAUUAUAAUCAGUAUUCUAAUUUUUAAAGUUUUAAUUAUACACAUUUAAAAGAAUUUCUUACAUAGUUUAAAUUUUACUAUUUGUUUUUAUUUUCUCUUUUAAUUUGUAUAUUACUAUUUUAUACCAAUUGUUAUAUAAAUAGAUUUCAUUUUUGGUGCAGAUCACAAACAACCAUUUGAAAAUUACAUUAUCUAAGUUUUUAAUUUUUUUAUAAUAUUUUACAUUACAUACAUAAAAGUAUUUAUUGUACAUUUGUAUUUCUAUUUUAAUAUUACACAACAAUUAUCUACAAAUGUUUGUGUUUAGUUUAUUACAGUAUGAAUUAAUGUGUUCAAAAAUAAUAUGUUAAUUGAGACAUACUUAAAAAAAAUAACUAUGUGUAGGUAAUAUAAUAUAAUGAUAACUUCAAAAUUUUUAUUGAUCCAAGAAUUUAUUUUAGGUAUCCACAGUAUGAGUUUUAAGAAUUAUGGUUUUCUUUGUUAUGUAUAUGGUUUAGUUAAACUAGAUAACUGCACUUUAUUCAUUAAUUUACUAUAUAUGUAUGUUUAAUAAUUUCACAUUGAUUAUUAGGUUAAUAAAAGUGCUUAAAAAAUGUUAACAAGUACAAUUACAUUUUUGUUUGCUUAAUCUAAUAAUAAAUUAACCAAUUUUCAACUAUAAUUCUAACUUUCCAACCUAUAAUUUCCAAUAUCAUUCCUGUAUUCUAUCUAUCCAUUUCUUCCAAGCUUUGUUGUUUCUAAUAGUAAAUGGUAUUUUAACAAUUGUCCAUAUCUCAUAUUACUUUUAAACUUUGAGUUAGGUGCAUUGAUAAAAACCUGAACAUUUAUCUUUCUUACUCCCUUGUAUUUGGAGUAUAUUAAUUGUUACUCUAAUCAUAUCAUUGCAAAGGUAAAAACAAUAAUAUAGUAAUUAUAAUUCUGUAAUUAGUAGCUUUUUUUUCAAGUUCUACUUAUAGUAGUUAGUUUAUCAGCAAUCUGGUUCCUCUAUUCUUAGAAUAUUUCCCCACUUCUACCAAAUUAGUAGAGCUUGGCUUGAUCUUUCAUCAAAAUUCAUUUUUAAGAUUUGUUUGUAUGCUUUGUUAUAUUCAUCUCUGAAUAUUUCUGGGGGGGGGGGGGCAACAAAAAAUAUUUUAUCAUUAAAAUAGAUUGUGUUUUGUAUAAACCGAUAAAUGGAAUAAGAAUUUUACAUUUCGUUAGGAUUUAUGAUGUAAUCAAAUACAACAAACAAACAAAUUGUGUAUUUAAAAUAUAAAUCCAUGUCCUGUGAUUUAAAUAAUUGCAUGUUUAUAUAAUGUAUAUCAUCUAAACCUUAUUUGGUGCACCAUUGAAUGGUAUUUAUUACAGUUUCACUCUAUUAAUUUUGUUAUAAUUACAUGAAAUAAUUAUUGAUCUAUUUAUUGACUUGAUUUUGAAUUAAGUGGUUUUGUAUAUGAUAAUUAUGAUAAUUUUUUUUUUUCGAGUUGUUGAAUCGUAUAAAAAACUCAUUUAAAAUUAGAUUGUACGGAAUGUUUGUAGGUUAUUACACUGAUUGGCGAAGCAGCUGUAACUGAAUAAAAUUCGUAACAAAAAUAAUUUUAAUGAUAUAAAAAAAAAAAAAUGUAUAAAACAAUAAAUAUUUGAAAACUCGAUAAAAGCCGAUUACUUGAUAUUUGAUAACUAUUGUCAUUUUAUUUACGGUUCUAUAUUGUGAACGAUUUUCCGGUUUUACCAACAUUAAUAUAUUCGCCAGAGUAAACCGAUUUAUAUUUCCUCUUGAAAAGUAAACCUGGUACUUUUAAGUAAUUCGCUGGACUAAAUCGGUUAAAAGUUGAGAUACACAGGUUUAGUUUUUUUCGAUCGCUGUAGUACGGUGGUAGAAAAAUAUCGAUCCCGAUCUGUCUCAAUCUCAAAUCUGACAUACUCCGUGUUAUCUGUUAUCACUUAGUGUUAUCAAUUUUUACAUAGAAUGUAAUCUUUUAAUAUAAUUUUAAUGUUAUUUAAGAUUGAAACGGCAAUAAUAUGAUGAGCAUAACCGAUGUUAUGUGAUAACUGAUAAUGAGAAUUACUGAGGGGAUAAACGCUAAACCAAUUAGUGCCACGAAUUUCUAACCAAAUCGGUUUAUUUUUACACUGAACUAUUAUCAUUAUUUGAGAUCAGUAAAUUAAACCGGUUUACUCUGGCGGAAAAGUGCUUUUAGCCUAGUUCACACAGUUAAACAUUUUAUCAAAUAUUUGACCACGUGGACCCAUUUGUUCUGAAAACGUUUGUGAAUUUGCCGGAUUCAUUUAGGAACUAGGAUUUUGAUUUGAAAUUCACAUAUAAUUAUUAUCUGAAUAGUAUUUAAAACAUUGUAAAAACCUAAUUUGAAAGGGGAGUAGAGAUAAUUGUUUUAAUAUGAAUAAGAUCUAAGGCCGGUAAUGGCACGGUUUUUUUUUUAUAUACUAAUUUAACAGUUAUAUGUCUAACUUUAUGUUUCACUUUUAGGGGAGAAUACUUACAAUGGAGAUCAAUCUGAUGCCCACCAAAGUACAUUUUCUAGCAGUAAAGAGGUACGUUUAUAUUUUGUUUGUUUUUAUUUUUAAGGUACAUAACUAAUACUCAUUUAAUUGUUUUAAAUUUAAAUAGGUACAAAAUAAUUUAUAUAUUAUCUUUUGUCUCAUUAAAAUUAAAAAAUACUUAUUUUUAGGGAUCUCCAACUAAGGAAAUUUCUACUGAGGAUUCAUCGCACAAAGAUAAGAAAAAGAAGAAGAAAGGAAUUCGUACACCAUCGUUCCUUAAAAAGAAAAAAGAAAAAAAGAAGGUAAUUUGAUGAUUUAAAUUAAAAGUUCAAGUACAUUUACUAAAUAGUACUAUAAUAAUGAUUAAUAUGUUAGUAUUUUACUUCAAUACUGUGGUUUUAAUCAAUCAUAUUUUAACUACUAUUAAAUUAUUUCCAAAAUGUAAUUUUAAGAUAAUAUUUAUUCAACUUUUAAAUUUACAGAAUAUUUAAUUAGUUUCAAUACAGACAAAAUGCUUUGGGCGAACACAGCUUUGGUUAACCAGCACUAUGCAGUCGGUAAUCUAUAUUUAGUCAUUCUAUCUUGUUUUUUAAAAUUAUUUUGGAUUUGUCGCUGAUGGACUAAACUAUUACAAAUUUUACACAUCUGUGUUAAUUCAAUUUUUUUUUUUGUUAAGUUAAUAUAUAAUAUUUAUUUAUCAAGUGCAUCUUACUUAUACGCAAUUAGUGGCUAAUAUUUAAGUAAUCCUAUUUAUUUAUAAUUUCAUAAGUAGAUUUCAUUGACCCUAUUCAACAAAUUAGACUAUUAUUAUUAUUAUUAUUAUUAUCAUCAUCACUUUUUCGCUUGUGAAAUUAUUCAUUGUUACCAAAUUAAAAACUAAUUUUUGUUUACACUUAUUUCAAUAAAUUAUUACAAUUAUAAUAAAAAUAAGCUUGUCAAAUUACAAACUAAAAAUCCGAAGAAAAAAGUACAAUUUGUAUUAUCUUGAACACAUGUUUCUAAUUUUUGAUGCCGUGACGUAAAAUAUAAUAUUAAUGUUAAUUAAACAUCUCAAAUAACAAGCUUAUUUUUAAUAUUUUAUAUGAAUUAUUUUUAACUAUCUGUAUGUGUUUUAUAUCUAAAUGUGCUAUUUGUAUUCUCUUUAAGUAUCUUUAACAUCAAGUUUAAGAAUGACUAUGGGAAUAAAUAAUGAAGUUUUUAGUUAUUUAUAUAUAUAUUAAAUUAAAUUUUAAUUCAAUGUUGAUCAUAUUUUAGUUUUUAAAAUUAUAAUUAUGACUCCAGAGAAAUAAAUGUCAACAAAAUAUUUUUUUUCAUGGUUAGAUUAUUUAAUUUAACUCAUUGUACAAUUAUGAUAGAUUAUUAAUUAUUACAUAUUUUCAGUCUAUUAAAAAAAAAAAAAAAAAAAAAUUGAUGCAUAAAAGAUAAAAUCGGUGUUAUGCAUUUAUUGUUGGAUGCCAUUUAUCUAUAAUUUUUAUUUUCUAACUGUAAAAUUCAUAGUUUUUAAUUAUUAUUCUCAAUAAUAAUUAAUAAACAAUUUAUAUGAAUUAUUUCAAAAAGUUAUUAUCCAUUAAAAUUUAUUUUUUUAAUGUACUAUAGGCAGCUAAUAUGGUUACUUAAACAUAUAUAUACUAGAUUAUAUAAUUGUGAUAAAGUAUCAAAAUCACUAUAACCCAUGUGGUCAUGAACUUUAAAUAGUCCCUAAAUUAAGAAAAUGGUGCAUGUAGAUUAAACAAUAUAAAACUGUGCACUCAUUUUAAUAUUUAAAUAAUAUUUGUUUUGUCAUUCACUGAGUCCAAAUUUAUUGUAAAAAGUGAAUAUUAUUAUAUAUAUAUGCAGGCAGCCUUUAUUUAUUUUACUGAAUUAUAACAUCACUUAGUAUAAUUAUUAUAUUAUAAUUUAAUGACAAUAUUGCAUUGAAUGCUAUUUUAUGUUUGGUGAAAUGUAUUUACUUGAACAUACUACCCUAAUUAAAACAUUUUAAUUGUGAGAAAUUAAUGAUACUUUUUUAUACCUGUUUGUUAUAAAGAUUUUUAAUUGCUAUCUAUUUUUAUUUACAAUAUAUUUAAAUAUGUCAUAGUAGUUGUAUGUAAAAUAAUUAUAGAUAGAUAAUUAUAAUCAUAAUUAUAAUAAUAAUCAGAUGUAGAUGUACCAGAAUUUUUUGUUUAUACUAUCAAUGUCAUAAUUUGUUUAAAUACAUGGCCAAAUAAUUAAAAUCAAGAAAAUAUAUUUCUAAAUUCAAUAACAAUUUUUUGAUUAAUAUUAUAUUAAUUUUUUUUGCACGGAAAUUUAAACUGGUCACUUAUCCUGUUAUGGUUGUUUGCUAGGUUUAAAGAUCUUUGUAAUUUUACUUUUUUUUUUUCAUUUGUAUAUAUUAUAUACAUAAAGAAUGCAUUAUGAUUGUUUUAUAUUCGCUGGGAACCUGAAGAAAGAUUAAUUGACUAGCUUAAACUUAUUAUGUUGUGAACAUUUAAAGGUGUAUGAAUUGUAUUUGUAUUAAGCCUGCCACAAAUGUUUGAUGUGAUGUACCGCAAUAUUUACCUAUAUAGCCAAGUUUGUUUUAUAUAAUUUUUUUUUUUGCCCACCUAAUGAUAACCUUUUUUUUUUAUUUAUUGAAUUCCCCAUAUAAUUUUUAGUUAAUUUAAUUUGUAAUUAUAAUUGCUUUUGCCAUUCUUAUUAGUGUGUGACUUACAGAGUUAUUUUCAUGUAUCUAUAUGUGAUAAACACAUACAAAUAACAAAUUAUAUUUUAAAAAAGAAUAAUACAUUGUGGGUCAAUGAAAAAAAAAAUAGAUUAAUAUUUUAUAUUAUUUAAAAAUUGUAAAAAUAAAUUGUUGUUUUCACCAAUUUUGAAUCUGUAAAAUAAUUUAAUCAAGUACCUUGGUAACAAUUCUGGAAUUAAAGAUAAAGUAAGAUUGUAGGUCACACAUUAAAAUGAUAAUAACUUACUGUGUAGUUUACACACUUAAAGAAUGUUUUGCUUUUUUUUAAUCAAUAUUUAUAACACAAAUUCAUCAUAUUAAUAAGCUUUAAAGCUAUUGUUUAAUUUAAAAUUUUAUAUUAUUAUUAUACGUACAUUAUAUUUAUUUUAUUUUUGUGUUCCUUUUCGGUUUUUAUUUUGAUUUCAAAUUUUAAAAAUAUUUUCAAUACCUAAGCUAUUAUUUCUCAAUAUAUUGCUUUGUAUUAUUAAUGAUAGCGUUUUAUUUUAUAUUUUUUACAUAAAACUCUUAGUCCUAAAGUAAAUACAUAUUUAAGUAUUAUGUUCAUUUACUUUUACAGUUUUCCUAAAU